UGACACGAUCAUGGCCGCCGGUGGAGCCAUUUGCAGUUUACCUUUUGCCUAGGUGAUUUACACACGAAAUGGGCUCGAGAUUAAGGCCUUCCCCUGAAAAGAUUUUUGAGUGCUUUUUGGAAGUCGCUGCGCCGACAGAUAGUGAAGGUCCAGAAACAAAGUUUAUUCAUCCCACAGACUUUGAUGAAAAAGGAGCAUUAAAGGCAAUUCCUCAGUUUUGUUAUCCUUGUGUCACAAGUUCGGAAGCCGUCCAGCAUUACACUUUUGUUCUCACUGACAUUGAAGGAAAGUAUAGAUUUGGGUUUUGCCGCUAUUCUCCAGAUGUCAAGACCUGCCUGUGCAUUCUAAGCUAUUUGCCAUGGUUUAAAAUUUUUUAUGAGCUUCUAAAUAGGAUUUCAGACUUGAAGAGAGGAAAUGAGGUUACUGCAGUACUUCCAAUACUGAAUCAUCUAUAUGGUCAAGCACCUGAAGAACCAGGUUCCAGUGUAUCUGUUGCAGUGGAUGAAGGCAAAAGAGAUUUUUCCUUUGUUGUACCAGAUACUACUAAGCUACCUAGUAUACCAGAUGAUAGGAACCUCACAGAUUACUUUGCUGCUGUGAAUCCUGCAAUUAUGAUAUUUAUAUUUGCCAGUAUGUUCUUUGAAAGACGAAUAAUAGUGACAUCCAAGAAACUCAAUUUGCUGACUGCUUGUACAUAUGGAGCAUCAUCCCUUCUAUAUCCUAUGCACUGGCAACACAUGUUUGUUCCCAUUGUGCCACGGCAUCUGUUGGACUAUUGUUGUGCACCAAUGCCAUUCUUGGUGGGAGUUCAUGCAUCAUUAAUGCCGAAAGUUCGUCUAAUGCCACUUGAUGAAGUUGUUAUUUUUGAUGCUGAUACAGAUACAAUAGAAAGUCCAUUUGAUGAUGUAUCACAGCUUCCUCCCGGCGUAGUAUCAACUCUCAAGAGCACCCUUAAAAAACCUGUUUAUCCAAUUGAUGACCAUGUUUCAAGAGCUUUUUUGUGUGCCAUGGUAUCACUUAUAGGAGGCUACAGAGAUGCCUUACGGCUCAAGCCUGGCGAAAAGAUCGUCUUCGACAGGGACGCAUUUGUCCAGUCAAAGUCCAACAGUACCAGACAGUUACUUGAGUUCAUUCUUCAGUUGCAAAUAUUUGAGCAGUUCAUAGCAGAAAGACUAGACAUGUUAAAUGAUGGAAGAGGAUUGAACGAUGCUUUUGAAGAACAAAUCGGUUUACAAGCUGAAAAUAAGGGCAGCUGGAAAUCACAGUAUCAGUCGUGGUUGAGUGAGACUAGGAAAUCUGGUGGUGCAUUCCUUGAUAAGACUGGUAAAAUGGUGAUGAAACAAUGCAUGAGUAAAUGGAAAACUGCGAAGAGUGGAAUUAAAUCAGUAGGAGAAAAACUGAAGGGAAAGGAUGAGGACGAGUAUGCAGGGGACCAGAAGAGAUCAAAUACCAAUCCGGAAUUCAAGGCGUUCUCACUUCACAAACUUUCACCUUUUAACAAGAGGAGAACAAUUUCGCCUAUUGAGUUCGAAAAACUCAAAAUCGAAAGCGGCAUAAAGGUGCGUCCACCCAGACCCCCUCCGCCUCGGCCAAAUCCUUACAGCGCCUCUGAAAGGCGCCCUCGCACUUCAGCAAUGUCAACGGCGGAAGGCAAGUCCUCCCCUAAGGUGGCUGCACGCAGCAGUGCUCCUCAUUUGUCAAUGGAACCUGUUGUGGCCGAACUCAUCUCAUUGGAUGACAGUCCUAAUUCGUCAAACGCCAGUCACAGGACUCAAGGUUCGACUGAUUCCUUGGAAAUGGGCUCUUUAAAUACAUCCAGUGGGGUUACAAGUUCAUUCCAAGGAACACCUAUAAAUGAACACUCUGCUGGAAACAUUACACCCUCGGGAACCUUUAGCUAUGAGGAUUUAGACAUAAACGUGCGACGAUCGAGCUCAACGAGGAGAAUUUCUGGCAGUAAUGAAGUGUCAGUAGAGAGAAGUAAAUCAUCUCCAUCUCGACCAAAACCACCAGUUCCAGAGAGACCAGCUUCAGUAAAGAAAAAGACCCAAGGCUCUGCGAACCCUCUAUUAGAAAACGUACCAACGGAGGAUAAUAUUACGUCAACUUCAAGUACGACGAAGCCACCCAAAUCAGUGGACGAUAUAUUAGAAAGUGCUCAGAUUGAUGACACGAUUUCUCCAUUGAGGCCAGUGUCGUUGUCAUUAUUACAAGACACGAUGGCGUCACUGCCGGUUGAUGCGCAAGAGUUUUUGUUUCCUGAGACGGACGUUAAGUCUUUUGAAGUGGAUAUUGGUGAAAAAAAUGGCAGUAAUACUAAUACAAGUUUAGAGACUAAUAGGAAUGAAGCUGAAUUUCAACAAAGUUUCUCAACGUCGAAUCACAUAGGUGCUGUGGAUUUAGCUCGAUUUGAAAUCAGAAGAGACAGUGGUCCUUAUAAUAAUGUGCCAAAGAGUAACCAAGCGCUGGAAGCAAACCAAAAUUUGAAUACCAAUCCCCAAGAAAUCAAGAGCGAUAAUCAAAGUCCUAUUUGUAAUUCCCAGCAGAAACCCAGUUGGGUUAGCUUUGACUAGUAUAUAAUAUGUUCAGUAUGGAAAUUUAUCAUAAAAUUACUUUCAAUCGAUGCAAUUGUUAAAUGCUGGCGAGUGACGUUUUGAAUUUCAAUCAUCAACUUUGCUCUCGUUGUUGUAAAACUCAAAUAUUUAUGAAGUAAGGAAUGUAAAACAAGUAGUUACCUAUCUUACGCCCACGACAAAUUUGUAUGGAAAUAUUUUGAGUCGAUCCCAUUCUUGUUCGUAUUUUCGGUCAUUUUAACUUGUUGGGAAUGAUGUACGUUUAAUGGCCGAAAAAAAAAAAAACCAAAGGAUUAAAGCGAUAUCGUAACGCUGCUUAUUGUAAGUACAUCUUUUUUUAGUUAUGUAUCUUGAUAUUGGCAAGAUCAUUUCCCCUCUGUUUUAUGUUGAAACAAUGAAACAAAGAUGUAUUUGAUAUGUACCGUUUGAUUUUCAGUUAGAUGUAUUGUGAGGGGAUUUAUUCAAUAUUUUAAGGAAAAAGUCAAGUUUUCAUUUAUGUUUUCGAAAGCCAAAGAAUUCGCAGUGCAAUCUGGUGUUGCGUUUGCGGGGUCAGUGGUAGAAGAAAGUUUUAACAAGGGCUUCAGUUGAGUUAAAGUCACAAUUAAUAAAAUUAUUAAAGUAUAAAAUUACAUGCUUUCCAGAAGGUUUUAUUAAUAAAUUAUAUUCCUAUUAUUCUUUU